GUUUAACCUAUUCAAUUAACUGAUCCAAUCGGAUUUAAAAAGCGCUGCCAAAUAUAAAAAUUGAAGGGAAAAUAUAGACGGGCCUUUCUAAAACAAGCCCACUCAGGUAAUUCCCUCUUUGUUUUCUCCCCUCUUUCUUCCCGCCCAGAGCCGAAAUGUGACUUGCAUAUUUUUUCUUCACUACAAAACAAAAAUUAAUAAUAACAAUAACCAAUAAAAUUAUUAUUAAUAAUAAUAAAGGUUAAAAAGCAAAUAAACCAGAGAUGCAUAUGUAUUAUAGAGUUUAGUGAUAUUUCAAUUGGGGUUGAAAUAUUUUAGCAAUGGCUGUUUCUACUCCAUCAAAGAAGGAGAAAAACAAGAAGAAGAGCAUUGACAAGGAGAAGAACACGAAGAAGAGUAGUAAGACCAACACCAAGACAACUCGGUCCACUGACUCGGCUUGCUCGGCUGACCAAAAAAUCAGUCCGAAGCGUCGCCGUAACAGUUCGCCUGGAGUUCGACUCAUCCAUAACCGAAUCUAUGAUUCUCAUCAUGGCAAGACUUGUCACCAGUGUAGACAAAAAACAGUGGAUUUUGCAGCAUCAUGCAAGAGAAAGAAUAACCAGAAACAAUGUACUAUCCAUUUUUGUCACAAAUGCCUCUUGAACAGAUAUGGAGAAAAGUCUGAGGAGGUGGCUUUGUUAAAUGAUUGGAAUUGUCCGAAAUGUAGAGGAAUUUGCAACUGCAGUUUUUGCAUGAAGAAGCGAGGUCACCAAUCCACUAGAAGACUCGUACAUGCAGCAAAGGCGAAUGGGUUCGCGUCGGUCUAGGAUAUGUUGCAUCUCAAGGAUUCCGAAAGAUCAAGAUCUCAAGAGACUGUUGAUGAUGAAGCUGUAUCGUCCAAAAAGCAAAAAGCUGCAGAUAAGGAAUCUGGAAUAGAAGAAACUGGCAAUAGCAGAAAGGAAAGUAGUGAUAAAGGGUCAAAUAGUUCAAUACAGCCAAUGACAAAAAGGCUGCAACUAGAAAUACCAAGUUGAAAAGACUUAGAAG